AUGAGCACACAGAAUAUUAACAUCACUGGGUUGCCGGUGCAUGGACAGGAAGAUAUUGAAAAUGGUAAAGAUAUUGGAGAUAAUAUCGGCAGGUUGCCAGAGAUUACUUUCGAGAAGCAUGAUUUUAAGUCCAGUAAGAAUCGGUAUGCAUCUGGGCAAUCAGUGUUGUCGAAUUUAUCAUUUAAAUCUUCAUUUGUACCUUCGAGAAUCAAUUCACAAGGUGCGUCACAAUCUUUACAAACUAGUAAUCCCAAUGAGGAUAUAAACAGUUCCGGGCAGAAUCGAUUGGCCUAUAUGACUCAACAGAUUCAGUCACCUGCCAUGCAUUCUAUCAGAAAAAAAGGGUUCCAGAUGUCGAAUGACUCUAGUUCCUCUCUGGCACAGAAUAAUGCUACAAAUAGCUCCGAAACAUCUAGUAGGAACGAAAUAGGCAUGAAAGAGCCGUUCACAGAUGAUAAUAGGAUUGAGAAUGUCGAUUCAUUGACACGCUCAUCAUUGACGGAAAUUAAAGAGAAACCAGAGUCUCCAAGGAGAACGUGUAAUGUGGAGGAUGAUGCAACCGAGGAUAACGAACAAUUACAGAAAGAGCUAACACAGAUGGCUUUGAAAAAUCUUUCUAAUAUAAAAGGUCUUAACAUUUCAAAUGCUUUUGCAGGGAUUACUACUCAAGCUUCAAAUUUGCACAAUUCAAAUACUGAAAAUGAAGAUGGGAAAUUGUCAUCGAGUCAUAACAUUCAAUUGGAUAAUAAUGGUAUAAAUAACACCAGUUCUGAUUCAAUGGUUCACUUACAAUUCGGCAAAAAGAAAGUUUAUUUGGAUUCAACAUCGCAAUUAAAACACACGAAUCCCUAUGGAAUGAAUGUUGACCAUAAUACCGAACAAAUCCCUCAUACUCAAGUUGGCUUCUCCCCAUACAAGUUUAAUAGUAUUCACACAUCUCCCAUUAAUAAAAAUAAUCACAGCACAGAUAAUCUUACAAGUGAUAACAGUUCCAUCAAUAAAAUAGGAAAUACAAAUAAUAUCAACACCAUGUCACUCCCCGUUCAUACCGACAAUAAAUUAACAAACUCAAUUAGCAUAGACAACAGCAUAAAUAAUAAAACUGAUACAUUUCAUAUGGCGGGGCAGUUGGAACCAGCAAGAGGAAAAAAAUAUGUAAAACAAAUUAACAAUCCUAAGAAACCACUUUAUAUACCAGCAGUGUUGAGAAAUACAUCAGAAACCAAUAUUACAAAUGAUGAUGUUAUCUGGUCAAGUGCAGUUCAUUCUACGCCAUAUAAACAUUUGUCUUAUAAUGGUGGCAGUCAUAAUGAUGGACUUUCAACAAGAGGUAGUAUACACUCCGCAAGUUCACAUCUAAUCGAGACUUAUAAAAAGAGAAUUACUUCUUUAUUCUCUGUAAGUAGCAAUGAUAAUUAUUCUACAAAUACUCAAAAUGACUUGGAUAGGAAUAUAAAUAUAUCAUUUGAAAAACCAGAACUACCAACAAAGGAGCAUUGGAUAGCAGAUUCAAAAAGAAAUUCUUGUAAGUAUUGCCAUAAAUUAUUCACAUUUUGGGAAAGAAAACAUCAUUGCAGGAAAUGUGGUGAUAUAUUUUGCCAACAACAUUUGACACAUUGGUUAUAUUUAAAUUCAGACGCUCAAUAUGUCAUAGGAGGUGGUAGCGGUAUGGGUACUCUUUCAAAAGUAUGCGAUGCCUGCGCUGAAGAAUACGAAACGUUAAUAAAGAGCAAUGAUUUAUCAAAGUUAAAAAUUCUCGAAAAUGGGAACAUCAUUUCAAACAUUGACAAAGAUGGCGUAGAAAAUAGCAACUCAUCCAAAAAUAGCCAAGUUAAGAGAAGUAUCAACAAGUCUUUCAACUUGACCAAUUCAGGUAAUAAUGCAAUUGAUAUUAAUAAAGAUGAUGAAGGAGAUAAAGAAAAAGCGGAUGAUAUUGUAAAUAGUUUUGUUGGAUCUGUCCCAGUGGAUUGGAAUUGGAGUAGUUUUUAA